GAAGGGAAAGCAGCUGUGGGGAUUUACCCGAAAAAAAAGAAGAUAUGGGGUGCAGGAAGAAGAGCCGAGCCGACGAUGGGAUCAUUGUUAGAAUCUCUCUCUAUCUCUCAUUUUGUAACCAAAAAAUGUCGCAGUCUCUUCAUCUCCUUCCCUACAACUUCCUCUCAGCUCUUUCUCCUCCCUCCUAUCCAUCUUUAACUACCAUUUCUUCUUCCCCUUCUUCUUCUUGCUCCUACAGAGUCACCUUUGUCAGCCGGGAUCGCAGCCAACUCCGAACCAGACCCGGACCUUUGCAUGCCCAGCUCUCCGAGCCCACCACGGCAACGACAGAAACCCCACCGGAAGAUGGACCAAUCGAACUUCCUUCGUCUUCAUCUUCAUCCAUCUUCGCCACCACUGAUGACCCAUCUCCCAUCCAAGUCGCUACCAGCGUACUUCUCACUGGCUCUAUCUCUGUUUUCCUUUUCCGCGCACUGAGACGUCGGGCCAAACGAGCUAAAGAGUUGAGAGUAAGGUCCAGUGGUGUCACCAAAAGGACUCUUAAGGAUGAGGCAUUGGAUAGUCUCAAGGCAAUGAAGCCGACCUCAGGUGAGGAAGGGUCCACUCCUUCCCCUGCUCAGGCAUUGUUGGGAGGAAUCACAGCCGGUGUCAUCGCCCUUUUGCUUUAUAAGUUCACCAUCACUAUCGAGGCGGCUCUCGGUCGGCAGACUAUCUCUGAUAACUUCUCGGGUUGGGGGCGAGGGGGGUGGAAACGACAUCAGAGCUUCGAAGUUCUUAAAAUGGCGGAUGACCAUUCAGGUUCGUCAAAUAACGAUAACAAUAAGGACCAUAGUGAAUGGGUUGUGCUAUCUGGCUACAUUUAUUUUCGGCAUCAAUUCUAUUGGUUUACUCCUCUACUCUGGGCAGCUGGCAAUCAACUCCUUCAUGGAAGACACAAGUGAAGCAACUGCAGGUAAAAAUGGGCAGAAAAGCAAAGAAAGUCCGUCAGCUGAGCUGCCUGUAGAAAAUGACAAAUCCAGCAGCGCUGAAGGGGAACAAGCUUCUGAUGAGACGUAAAAGUCCUAAAGAAUGAUGGGAAACACUGCAAUCACAUUUCAUUUACUGAGAUUCUUGGGGAACAUGGAAAGCAACAGCAGCGAUAGGUGCCUAAGUUCUGAUUUGAUUGAAUAAUGGAAGACAUGAGCACUUGUAUCACAGAGUGUAUCUAUUUCCUUGAUCAAAAUUCCGCGCCAUUUUCUGAUUUGAUUGAAUAGCUUUCAUUUGCCAUGGAGUAUGGCUUGAGUUGUCGCCAACAAUCUGGAGUAUCAAAUUAAAUUACGUCUUUUUUCAGAGUAUUUCUGUGUGUAACCAAGCUGGUUAAAACAGAUUUUUGUAACCUCUUUUCUUUACCCUUGGCCACAUCACUUACACUGUUGUGGAUGAGGUCAUUUUUGUAUUUCUUUGUCCUCUCUGCUUAUUUGUUUCAGAAUUGGAAUGUAGAGCUUUCAUGGAGGAAUGGAUCUAAGUCGGAAACAUUCAAUACAGUCGGCAUUUGGUACUCA